UGUUGGAAGACGAAUACCCCAAGAAGACGCAACCUGAAUAUCGGUUGCCGGCUUCGAAUAGUCAGUGUCUAGCUGGCGACCAUGCGGCGCUUAAAGACCCCACCUGCUGCCUAGCUGCAUAGUAGCCCCACCAUUGCCUUCAAUUAUUGUCCGUGACGCCAGGAAUAGCACCCUCGAGACACCUUGAAUUUUGUUAUCCACCAACAUUGAGCACGUCCAACGCCAUCACCAUCGUCAUCAUGGAGUCGCAAGGCGCGCAGUCCUCUGCGCUCGUACGCAAGAGGACCGAUCUGGAGCUCAUGCCUCCACCACCACCAACAAAACGGAUCAAGCGCCCCAAGAAGGUGCUCGACGAAGACACAUACACGGAUGCCUUGUCACAGAUCAUCGCCCGGGACUUCUUUCCCGGACUGCUCGAAAGCGAGACGCAACAAGAAUAUCUAGACGCAGUAGAGUCAAAAGACCAAGCAUGGAUCAAUAGCGCAGGCAGGCGUCUACACCAAGUUAUGACUCCGGGGCGGCAGAGGGCCAGAAAAGGUACAUCAUUACCACCGGGCGCGCAAACGCCGAGAGGCUUUGUUGGCGAUACACCACUAUCUGUUUUUGGAGAGUCGACGGUUUCGGUGGCACCUGAGAAGGCGAAUGUUGAUAUGAACAUGAGCCUCGGAGCUUUCCAAUCGAAAUACACCAGCGAAGAUAACGAGAGCUUCUACAAAUUACUCGACAAACAGAACAGCAAGCGAGCGGAGAAAUAUGCCUGGCUAUGGACAGGAAACAAGCUGCCGUCAAAAAUGCAAUUGAAACAAAAGCAGAUUGAAGCAAAACUAUCGGAAACCAGAAGCCUGACGGAUGAUGGCUGGAAGAAGGACCGAUUAGCCAUUAAAGAUAAAGACGAAAGACCAGCGCAGCCUGAUAGCUGGAAGGUUAUGCCAAACAACGCUUUCAUGUUCGCGCCAGAUGGGGUCGAAGACUCCCUGGAGACGGUCGCGCAGAGAGCAGAAGCCAGUUCCAAAGCAGCGCCGAAGGCUGUCGACUAUCAGAAUACCAGAUUGCCGCCGCUGAAGAUUGGCGACGAUGAGUCAGAUCCAGGGUCGCCAUCGCUGUUAGCCGUCAGGGAUGCUAUAGCAGGGAAGAGGACCGGCACCGUCGCAAGCUCGAGCAUGGUCGGCAGUGAGACACCUAGGGUCAACGGCUAUGCGUUUGUAGACGACGAAGAACCUGAGUACGAAGCACCAAGAGCGCCCCAAAUCGAUCUUGGACCGGGAGAUGCCUCACCAAAUCCGUUCAACAUCAAGGAGCAGAGCAGCAGAGAAUCCCUCCACCAUCGAAUGGUAGAUAAAAUAUCGCAAUCCAAGAGGACGUCGCAGAAGGCCGGCAUGACUGGCAAGGUCGACAGCACCCCUGUGCCCAAGUUUCCGAGUAGUCCCCGGGUGGGAGGUGGACUUACGCCGGCAGCCCAAAGGCUCUGGGGUAAGAUAGGCGGAAGUGGUGGCAUGACACCGCAGACGCCAUUUGGACAGCCGACUCCGGCACGAAAGGUGUCGAAGUUGAGGCAAGUUACGAAAUAAAGAAGUGCUAGACACUCACGAGAUAUGAUAGAUUGAUACCCCAAAGAAGCCAUAGAUUGAAACUCACAGUUCAUAAGGUAAAACGUUUCUAAAUGUCGUGAUAAAUUUUGGAAAAGUUGGGCAUGUCCCGUGGUUUCUUGACCAUGGAGAAAGUCCUCUAAUGACUGUAGCACGUUGCAGCCAUAAUCGUGUCCGAGGAACGCAUGUCACAAUGCACAACAUUCGAGGAUUUCGGCAUGAUUGCAAAUGAAGAUCCGACUUAUUCUUUCAACUUUGUAUUAUGUUAUCAAAGCUAGUCAUAGAAGCUAUAGUGGUACCAAUAACAACAGUGGUGGG